AUGUCGUUCUUCCCUCGAUCCUACUUCGCUCCUGAGUCCUCCUUCACCCCUCUCUUCCGUCUCCUGGAUGACUAUGACAACUACUCCCGGGAAGUCUCCACUCAGCAAGGACAGGGCAACCGACAGACCAGCCGACGGUCUGCUGCUCUUCCCUCCUUCACCCCUAAGUUCGAUGUCAAGGAACUAGAGAAUAGCUAUGAACUGCACGGCGAACUCCCUGGAAUUGAGAAAGACAACAUCCACAUCGAGUUCACCGACGACUCAACCAUUGUCAUUUCCGGCAAAGUCGAGCGCCACUACACCUCAGGCACCCCGCCCAAUGAGGAUGGCAGUGUCCAGAUGAGCGGCGCCAUCACCGAGGCUGGUGAGAAGGAACACAACAACUCCCACAAGGCCACAGUGGAAGACGAGGAGUCUGAGAAAUCGAAAGAACAGGGCGCCUCUACGGAAGUCGCCAAGACCAGCAAGCAGCAGGAGGUGCAGAAGCCCGCCGAACGGUACUGGGUCUCUGAGCGAUCCGUCGGAUCCUUCCACCGGACCUUCAGCUUCCCCAGUCGGAUCGACCAGGAGCAAGUCACAGCAAACCUCAACAACGGUGUCUUGACCAUUAAUGUGCCCAAGGUCAAGAAGCAGGAGGGCCGCCGCAUUGCAAUCCAGUAA